AUGUGUGUGGAAAAUGUAGAGGCGAGUUUAUUGAACUUUCUGAUUUUCUUAACCAUAAGAAAACUUGCACAAGAAAACGAUUAGUGUAUGUCAUCGGCGAUGAAACAGUUGAUAUCCUCCUUUAAACGGAAUGGAUAGUCCUGUUUCCGGAUGUGGUGCAUCAUCUGUGGAGCUAGUUGAAGAACAGGGUUUCAUUCGGAAACAGUCAGAGAACAUUAUGAGCAGUGCAAAUGAGCUUUGCUAUGAAAAAGUGGACUCGUCCGAUAGCGAUGACCUUCCUAGUUUGGUAAUGAGUAAGGGUCAGUUUAGUGUGUGUGCAGACGACUUAUCGGGAGAAUUGGAUAAAAACCUCGAUGGCGUCCUUAACCUCUCGAAUAAUUGCAAAGACACUUUGAACAAGAAUCUCAACAGUUAUUCCACGUCUCUUAUCACUAGCCUACCUCAGUCGUUACUGUAUUCUCAGUACUUGCCUGAUACUAAUGUUACCUUGGAAACUCUGCAAAACACGAAAGUUGCAGUGGCACAGCACAGCUCUUCCAACAGCAAGAACCAAACCACUGAGUUGGCUGCCCUGCAGUCCGCUUUGUAUACUUUACAGCAGCAGCAACUUAUGCAGCUUCAAAUCAUCCAGCAACUCCAAUCUCAACUAACAGGGGGAUCGGCAAAUCUUCCACCUGUCACAGUUCCUCUACCUCCACUAACUGGACCUUUAGCAGUGACUUCUUCACAAAGUAGUGAAAGUACUUCAAAUAAUCUGACCACUGCAACAACAACAACAACUUCUUUGUUAUUUAAGCAAUCUCCUUCUGUGCAUGGGACAACACCUAGCUCUUUGGAGACUUCCAAAUUAAAUAUUGGUAAUCCAGCAUCUGAUGGUACCAGUCAGGAAAUAGAUUCUUUGCAGCAACCAUUGGUUCCUCCGCCACCUCUUCCUCAUGAACCAAAUACACUAGAACUACUUCAGAGGCACACAGAACAGGCUCUUCAAAAUACAAUGUCAGGAGGAUCUUUUCUAUUGAAUGGAGUCAUUAGCUAUAGUAAUGAGGACGAACUUUGUAAAAUGCGCAAGGGAAAGCUGUCUAAUGUGACUGCCAUUGAUGGGAAACCUCUUUCUGGACAGGAUGAUUCUUUCUUUCGACAUCGAUGUCGAUUUUGUGGUAAGGUGUUUGGAAGUGAUAGUGCUUUGCAAAUUCACAUUCGGUCCCACACUGGUGAAAGACCAUUUCGUUGUAACAUCUGUGGGAAUCGUUUCUCAACGAAAGGAAAUUUGAAAGUUCAUUUUCAGAGACACAAGUCGAAAUAUCCACACAUUGAAAUGGACAGUAAUCCAUUCCCUGAACACCUUGAUAAACUUUAUCCACCAAUUGAGCCACCCUCUGGCCAGCAACGAAUGAGUCCUGUAUUACAAGAAAUGUCUAACAGUUGUAGCUCACAACCUCCUUUGUUGGUGCCACAAAUAGCAUCAUUGCCACAAUCUCAACGAGAAGUGAAUGGGGAGCAUCAACAGGUUCCCUCUUCCAAUGAUUUAGAAAACAGACCUACUACCUCACAAGAGGAAGAGCUUUCAAAUGAAGAAAAAAGUUUAUCUUUUCAUAAAAUUGCAAAUCCUCCAAACAGAACAGGCGAAGGCCCAGAGGAGCCCGAGCUUGAUAUUCCACUGGAAAAAGAGGAAGAAAUACAAAAUGAAGAAGACCAGGAGGAAAUUGAACAAAAUCGUAUAUUAAGUCCUGAACCAUCAACGUCACAGAGUCCUAUUGGCGGAGAAGAAGAAAAAAAUGAUGCAGAGAUGAAAGAUCAUGAAGAACUAAAAACCCCACCUUUUCAUGUAGGAUGUACUUCAGUUCCACCUUCUAUUAUCCCUCCUUAUCCUCCUUUUUUAAGUACUAUGGCUGCAUCAUAUCCUACUUUAUUUCAUCCAUCAUUUUCUCCUGCAUUACCUCCUUUCAGCCUGCAUUCAUUAACUACUACCUCUACUACACAUGCAUUAACUCCAACUGCUACAACUUUAGAUGACUCUAACAUUACUAAUGAUCCUGUAUUUUAUCAAGAUUUGCUUCCUAAACCCGGAAGUACAGACAGUAACUGGGAGUCACUCAUGGAAAUCACAAAGCCAUCAGAAACAUCCAAACUGCAGCAGCUUGUGGACAAUAUUGAACAUAAGCUCAGUGACCCUAACCAGUGUGUCAUUUGCCAUCGUGUUCUAAGUUGUAGGAGUGCUCUACAGAUGCACUAUCGUACUCAUACUGGUGAAAGACCCUUUAAAUGCAAAAUAUGUGGUCGGGCAUUCACAACAAAAGGUAAUUUGAAGACUCACAUGGGCGUUCAUAGGGUAAAGCCGCCAUUACGGGUGCUUCAUCAAUGUCCAGUAUGCCACAAGCAAUUUACGAAUUCUCUUGUAUUACAGCAACACAUUCGGAUGCACACUGGUGAGCCUACUGAUAUGAGUCCAGAACAGAUUAUGGCAAAUGAAAUUAAAGCUCCAGCUUCUUUUCCUGCUCCUUUUCCAAGACCCAUAUUACCAUUAAAUUUCACAAACCAGAAUAAUUUUUCUCACUCAGUACAAACAUCAAUCUCUCUCCCUCAUUCUCAUCCUUCUACUCCAUCGAGCUCUCCAGGAGCUGCUGUGAUUUCACCUUCUAUUCAAGAUUUAACAAAGCACACGAAUAGUGUUAUAAAAGCUGUCAGUCCUCCUACAGAUGAUCAGGAAGAAGAAUUAUUAGAAGAUGAAGGGUGUUCUCAAGAAGAAACUCUACCAACUCAGCCAGUGAUUGAUGAAAAUGUCAAGGUAACUUCAGAUUUAUACACAGUGACCUCAACAGGCACAGUCACAACUACUUCAAUCUCUUCUUCACAUUCAUUAGUGUCUUUGCCUUUAAUCAGUGAUCGACCUCUUUCUUCCUCUAUCUCACUUACCAGUUCUUCUUUGGCAGCAUUAGAGAAUCAUACCAAGAGUAUUUCUACAUCAAUAUCUCAACCUCUUUUUGCACCUUUUGGAAUGGGCAUUCCUUUGGGUUACUUUCCUCGUUUUGAAAAUCCACCAGUUUACCUUCCUAGAUCUCAAACAUCUCUAGAAACUUCAACAAAUAAUAAUCCUCAAGUAUUAGUACCACCUUACUCUCCAAACUCAAUAACAAGCAAGACUACAUCAGACAAUUCUGGGGAUGAGUGCUCAACACCUGGGUCCGUGAGGAAGUUGGAAUCUCCUUCUAUAGUAUCCACCCCAAUAUCAUCUUCCACAACUGUACCACCAAGCGUCAUCACUACUAUGGAUCAAGAAACUGAAGCUCUAGAUCUAACGCCAAAAACCUCAAUGUUGUCGAGUAGUACAUCUCCUUCUCCAUCUGAGAUGGCCACUCAUAGUUUUACUUCAUCUGUUGGUGGACUGCCUUUUGCUCCUCAUCUAGGAAGAAUGAAUACAACAUGUAAGAUUUGUUUUAAGACUUUUGCUUGCCAGAGUGCCCUUUCGAUUCAUUAUCGUAGUCACACAAAAGAGCGUCCUUUUAAGUGUGACUUCUGUGACAGACGUUUCUCUACUAAAGGUAACAUGAAACAACAUAUGCUGACACAUAAAAUCAACGAUUUACCAUCACAGCUUUUUACUACCUCUCCAACCCUGACAACAACGACAUUGAACAAUAGUAAUACAACUAAUACUACAACUGUGAGUAAUACUACAACUACAAGUUUUGAACCCAAGACAUCUAGCCAUUCACACAAACGACCAGUGUCAGAAAACAAUACCGCUGUUCAACCUCUUCCCAAACGAUCACCAGGAAUGGCCAAACACACAUGCCAUGUAUGUCUAAAGCCUUUUUCAAGUGCAAGCGCAAUUCAAAUUCAUAUGCGCACACACACGGGGGACAAACCUUUCAAAUGCAAUGUGUGUGAGAGAGCUUUUACCACCAAAGGUAACCUUAAAGUUCACAUGGGAACACACAUGUGGAACAACAGCACUUCCCGAAGAGGUCGGCGAAUGUCAAUAGACCUGCCAGCACUCCAGAUGACCCCAGCUCCUAAACCAGGAGAUUUUCAUCCCCAUCGUCCAGACCUCUAUUUUCCAUAUCUUCCACCAGCAUACAUGAAUGGCAUGACCACACCAAAGAUGAACGAAAUAUCGGUCAUCCAGAGUGCAGGAAUGACAAAUGGAAACAUACCUUCUUCACUGAAUAUGCUUUCUCCUCAAGGAUUGGCUCGAAAUAUCCCUCAACAACCAAUGACUAACUCCACCCCAGCUAGUAAUACAACAUCACCUGCGUCUACUAAUGGCCUGAAGACGGUAGAAGAAUCAGAGAAGAAAAAGUCUCAGUCACCACAAGCACCACGUGACCUCUCUUCUCCUGGACAUCAAACUAUUCAGCAUUCUCCACCAGCAGGAGAUAGACCACCCACCUGGGGUUGGAAGAUGGCAUGCAACAUCUGCAACAAGAUUUGUGCUUCUUCCACCGAACUCGAAAAUCACAUCAAAUCUCACUUCAAACCUAAUAGAAACGAAGGGAAUAAUACAACAGCCGAAAAUCUUGCGGCCUGAUUUGUAACAAUAACUGUCUCCGAGCAAGGGCAAAUAACUAGCAGACUUUAGUAUGUCUUGAAGAACUAGUGACACAUUGACGCUCCACUGUGAAACUGGAACCUUUGUGCAUCACGUUUCGUCUCGUAGUCGUUUCAUGGUGCAAAAGUGAAACGUACAAAUCUCUGUUACGGAUGUUUCACAAAAAUUUUCAUCACAAAUUCGCAUUUUGCCAUCCUCCUGCCUAACUCGGGCCUGGAGGGAUGCCAGGCCAAUUUUAAUGGUUCCUAUAAUAAAACUAGUCCAGGGUAUGGUGGCAUUUGGUCCUAUAGAGUACUAAGUCAUUGUUAAAUGAUAUGCGUAGUUUCGGCCUCUUCUUUGUAUUCUUGAUGAACUUUACACACAGAAAGAAGAAUGGAUUUUACUUAAAAUAGGUGUGUGUGUACAAGAGGUACAUUGAUAUCCAUGUAUGUAAUGUAUAUUGUAAACAUGAUUUCAUGUUAAUGUUGAACGUGGAAACGUAACCUGUAUUACAUUAAACGUUAAAAGAAAUGAUGCUGUAAAGGUGGACAGUUCUGGAAAAAGCACGAGAUGUUCAGUGAGAAUGUAAGAAAUCGCAGUGUUGUCAUGUUCAGAAGUUUAAAGGUUUGUGGAGACCCGGAUGGUACCAUAACGCGAAAGAUUUAAAAACAGUCUGAAAUAACAUAACAGUGUUAGGAUAAAUAAUAUUUUUUAUGAGGGUAGGAGUGAUGAAGUUUUGAACAAAUGUAGUUUUUAAAAGUUCGUUUUUGUCACUAAUCAGUGGUAAGGGUCUUAAAAAUAAUUGCACGGUAUUAGGAAGGAGGAGUUAAUAUCAUUAAAGUGAUUGAAAUGAUUUAUCGCAAGUAAGUUAACAAAGCUUUUUUUAAAGAAGUACAAGAUUUUUGUGUUAGUCUAAUCAUACUUGUUUGUAUACAGUGGCACUUAUUGAAGUGCUUCGGAACUGGGAAUUACUCACGUUCCCGCGUGCAUUAUGCUGACUGUUCGGUGUUGGUUUCUAUCGAAUCGUGGGUUCGAGAUUACUAAACUCUCGCUCACCCAUCCCACAACUGGAACUUGACAGUUGUGGUAGAUGAGUAGGAUACAAACACUGCGUGCUCAACUCAGUAUUACAAUCACUCACAGUGAAACUCACCUGACGAACAUUGAGUCAGACAAACAGAAAAAAUACGCAGUUUAAAGGAGCUACGUUGCAGUGCACUGAGCUAAAAAUACUCUUUCGUUGCACUGGAAGGGAGAAUGCUUUGGAAGACAGAAAACACCUUUUCGUUUUGUUUGCCCGCAGUACACGAUUUUUAAAGACUGUUUGUACGUAGUUAAAUUCUUCCAAUUUGGAGUUUAUGGUAAGCAACGUGAACUUAGCUGAAAACGAUUAAAACAUACAAGUCAUAUCAGUGUAAGUUACAACUGUCCAACUAGGUACAUUUCUAAGAUGUUGUUUAUUUUUUUUUGGUUCCUUUUUUUCCCUGAAAUUGAACUCACUGAACCUGCGAAUCUACGAAAAACCUUAGUGACAGACGCCAUAAUCAUCAAACAUUUAUUUCUCUGAGUGUGCAACCGAUGUUUGGAUUCUCACUAGACAUACGAGAUCAGUUAAAACAAAACAAAGCAUACUCUUUAACUAGAAACCACCAACCUAAAACACUGAAGAGUUUGCAUCUUGUUGUAUUUAUUGAUAUCACUUAACCUUUGGAAUUUUUUCUGACCAAAUGGGAAGUUACUUGGCUUGAGAUUUUCAGCUUUUUUUUUUUAAUCAUCUCGUGCGGCUAAAAGCAGGGACUGAUUUUAGUGCUGGUCUCCACAGUUUAGCGUGUGUACUAUGUCUUUCACUUACACGAGUCCAAGUGACCUCAGAUGACAUCAUUUUAUUUUAAGGUUACAUUUUGAAAUCGCUUUUCAUAUCUGUACGUCUGUGACAGCCUAAGGUUCAAGAAUUUUAUUUUUCCAUGAAAUUAGUUUCUGUGGGGGGGUCGAACAUUGAGGGUGUAAGUAAUCCAUCGUUUCGCUUCCACAGAAAUCUAUUGCUUAUUGUUUUUGUUGCGUUAAGCUAAUCUAGCUGUUAUUAUUAUUAUUAUUUUAGAAACAGUAUAUGUUGAUUGUAAACCUUACCUCAGAAUUUCUGUGUCGCUCUCGGGGGCGAAUUGGAAUUAAAGGACCAGCCCGAGCAGUAAGUAUCACGUACUGCAUACUGGCUAAACAUUUAAAAUCAAUUUCUAAAACCGAGUGAAAUGCACCGGCUCACCGGUGGUCCAAUCCGCCCCUGGUCGACCAUACUAAACCCUGUCUAGGGGUACUAUAUUAUGCUGGGUUGUGAUUGAGCGGACUGGAUUUACUCGAGUAAUGUUUAAUGUGUAUAGUGAUGAUAAGACAGUUUAAAACUUUCAUACAUUCAGGCUGAACUAUUUUGUCUUCGUCCCUCUUACGUAAUACAUCAUUAUUCCAAUGAAAUACCUCUAAUGAAAGAAGAUGUGAGAAGAAGAAGAAAAAAAAACAGUACACUGUCUGAUUUCGGUAACUUGAAUAAUUUAACUCAUUGUUCUUAUAUAUCCUAUAUUCUUAUUAUUUCUUCUGAUUUAUGAAAUGGGGAAGACAAAGUUGGUGAUAUUAUAACUGUGAUAUGUUCUUUCCUCAUUCUUAUAUAAAUUAAUUUAUUAUUUUUGGAUCGAGCCGUAUAUUUGGUGAUAGUAGAGGGGGCCACCUCAAUCGGACAUUUUUUGUUAAUUCUUUAAAAAUAUUAAAUAUGUAAGAGGGUAAUUAAGUCAACUUCAAAUAAUUUUAUCCAUUCUACUUCUAUCAGUUAUUAUUAGGACUACUUUUUGAAUACGAAACACAAGCAUUUCAACUCACUGUAAACUUUUUUUUUUUACUAUUCUUGUUUGAGGUGACCCCUGUCGAGAAAUUAUAUAUAUAAACAAAAUCAUUCCACUGCUGAGGGGAGGUGUUGUUUGAAACUUUUGGAGACGGUCCCUGCUUUUACCAUUGUGUACCCAUGUGAACAUUAUUGCUUGUCUUUGUAAAUAAUGUAAAAGAAAAUUGUAGGCCAAUUACAACAAACGUGUUUUCAAAAUGGUGAUAUUUUGAUUUUUCAAGAUUUACUGCCCCAUUACAGCAAUUGGAGCAUCAAAAAACUCAGGAGAAAGCUAUUUUUGUAACACUUGUAGCCAUUUUUGGUGCUUCAACUGCUACUCUGCAGAAUGUAUUGCUACCAAGUAGGCAUUUGUGGCAUGUGAUUAUCUGUUCUGCUCCGUGAAUUGCUACCUAGUUUCUCCUGAUUCCUGCUAGUAUUGUUUAGUUUCUCCUGGGAGGGAUGUGUUAGAUUUAGCUAGCUUUCUAUUUUGUCAUACCGAAGUUCAAGAACAAUAAACAUUUGUUUUAUGAGACA